AUGGCCAUCGUUGUCAUCGGUCUAUCCGUCGAUCUUGUAAAGGGCCAGGUGGUUGGUGACGCCCCGACAACGACAAAAUAUGGAACAUUUGCUGGCGGAUUCGGGCUGGCAGUGGCUAUCCUGGGCCUUGCCUCUGCGUUCAUUGACGCUAUCCCAGCUCUCGUUGUCAUGGCUGCCGAUGCUCUGAGUGGACUGUUGCUCCUCGGUGGUGGUAUCGCCUUUGCUAUUGGGUUGCGUGGAGUGACUUGCGACCCCAAAACCCAGGAGGAGUAUGAUAUGCUGUCAGACAACGUUCUACUCAACGGGGGAGCUGUCCGAGUCAAAAGAUCGACUGCGCGCGAAGAAAUGACGAUGGGCCGACUUAUGGACAAUUGCAAGAAGGCGACCGCUGAUCAGGCUAUGCAAUUUGUGACUUUUGGUUUUGCGAUGGCCACCGUUGUUUUUGUUUUUUUGGUCUGGAAAAACGGUCGUGGCAGCCGUGGCGGUGCUUACAUCUGA